UAUAGAAAAAUCACAAUGGUUCCAAUUUACAUAACUUUCUAUAAUCAUUCAUACAAUUAAUAUGUUUAAGAAAUUAGAUUUGAUUCUCUCCCUUAUAAAUAAUUAUCUCUUGACUACUUUCAGCUAAUCCUAUCUAGAAUACAAAGAUGAAUCAUCGUCUUCACGGAAUAAUUAGCCCACUUUCACACAUAACCACAGAUCCUAUUCGAUCCUCCGUUAAGCCUCCGUCGCCGGUUUACUGCAUAACCACAAUUAACCAUUUGAAAUCUCUAACCGGUCUCGAUGUUUCACCUGGACUCACCAGUCAAGAGAUCUCAGCCGUUGAAUCUUCCAUUGGUUUCUCCUUCCCUCUUGAUCUCCGUUCGAUUCUCCAAACGGGUCUUCCGGUGGGUACCCAUUUCCCCAAUUGGCGAUCCGGGUCGACCCGGAAUAAUCUCCUUCUCUUAUUCAAUCUCCCUCUCCUCCAUAUAUCGAAGAUCGUCGUCAGAAACGGAUUCUGGGUCGAUUCAUGGGGAACCCGAACCGGAUCCGACGCGGAGGCUUUAUCGCUCGUCAGGAAAUUGAUGGAAAUUGCUCCGGUUCUCGUUCCCGUCUACGGCGAUUUCUACGUCCCUUCGACGACGCCGAAUUUGGCGGGAAAUCCUGUGUUUAAAAUCGACGGCGACGGAGUUAGGAUUUUGAGCUGCGACGUCGCUGGGUUUCUCCAGGGACUCAAUCGAAAGGGCGAUCGUCGAGAUUCCGGUGAUUCGCGACGGCGUAAAAUUGAGUUCUGGACUGACGUGGCGGAGCGAGGGAGGACGAUGAUGGUGGCACGUCAUCCCACGCGCGGUUGGUGGAGCGCGUUAGGUUGUGAUAGGUUAAGGGCGUGUUUGGACGAUGCGUUUUGGAAGCUGAGAGAAGCUGGAUGGAAGGAAGACGAGGUUCGCGAUAUGAUGAUGAUGGACGGUGUAGAUCGAGACACGUGUACGCAAACGUUUUCUUCGCGUGACGUGGUGGACGCGUUUGGCGGUCAUGGGAUGGACGAUGUAGAUCGAGACACGUGUACGGAGGAAGGAGAUAGUCAAAAACGCGUAGAAGUAACGACGUUGAGGCAUUUACUGUUAUCUCAUGAGGCAUGAGUUUCACUGACCGUUGGAAUGGAUCACCUAAAAUUGAUCGGUUGAGAUACUAUAGUUAUGUAAAUUGCUAAUGUCUAUGUUUUAGAUGAACAUAUUACAGUAAUAGAUUUUUUUUAAA